CCGAAGGCUGUGCUUGCAAAUCACCAUCGGUCUUCUACUGCGGUGGAUUGCUUGCCCGCAGGGCUGUGUUCUAUUCGAUAGCCAUCAGUUACGGUUUAGCUCUUCUUUGAGCCAUAGACUUCACAAAUUUUUCUAAGAGAAUACGCGCGGGUUUCCGAAUUUUAUUUUUGUUUUUGUUUUUGUUUUGUUUUUGUGUUUUUGUGUUUUUUUUUUUCUUCUUGGAAGUGUAUCUCAGAAGUUGGGAUAAGGUGGAGCGCCUGCUCAUGAGGAAAUAGUUUCAAGUCGAUAGGCGUAACUGAGGUGUGGGGGAGUAUGGCAAUGGCUUCUGUAAUGGGGCUCGUCUCCACAAGUGCGGCUAACAGAGUAAUUUGCGGGAGCUCUGUAGCGCGUAGUUCGUUUCAUGGCGCUCGGUUGCGGAGUUUGGAUAGUGGGAACAAAUUCCAGGUGGGACCGUGGAGAGCCAGACAUGCAUUCAGCUGCAGGGCAGCUCUCGCGGUUGACAGAGAGGGGAGCUCGGAAGGUGACUGGAGGUUUGAUCCUCUGGGCCUCGAAGAUGAUUCGCAAUCAUUUUCUUGGAAUGCUAUUCAAUCUGCGUUCAUGAUGUCGAGGUCGGGGUCUGGCAGUUCGUCCAAAGGCGCAGCAGCGGCCAUGGAGGAUAAAAGUGUGGAUUUCGGCGAUUUUUUUAAGGGAAAAUUGCCCGAGAAGUUUUUGAUUCUAUUGGGAUGGUUAAUUUUAUCAAGAAUUGGGACUUAUAUUCCUUUAUGGGGAGUGGACCGCUCUGCCUUUCAAGGGAGCAUAGACACCAACAGUCUUUUGGGAACAUUGAACACAUUUUCUGGAGGCAGUAUUGGCCGACUUGGUCUGGCAUCGUUAGGCAUUGUACCAUUUAUCAAUGCCCAGAUUGUGGUGCAGCUCCUGGGAACCGUGUUCCCUAAACUGCAGGAUCUUCAGAAAAAGGAGGGAGAGGCUGGGCGCAAGAAGGUGCUUCGGUGGACAAAGUGGGCUUCAGUAGGAUUUGGUGUUAUCCAGGCAGUAGGACAAGUUACGUACAUUCGACCUUAUGUGAUGGACUUCUCCGUUGAAUGGGCGAUAUCAGCAGUGGCAGCUCUUACGCUAGGAGCGGUGAUAACUAUGUCUAUCGGGGAAAAAAUCUCCGAUUUGAAGCUUGGCAACGGCACAUCGCUGCUCAUUUUCACCAACAUUGUCUCUUACCUGCCUUCGUCAAUUGGUCAGACUGUAGCCCAAGCUAUAAACGAUGGCAACUAUCCCGGAUUGGCAGGCAGCAUUGGAGCAUUUCUUCUACUUGUGCUGGGCAUCGUGUAUGUGCAGGAAGCGGAGAGGAAAAUCCCCAUUAACUACGCCUCACGGUUUAAAGCUAGCAGCAAGGGUUUAGGAAAAUCUGCAUAUCUUCCAUUCAAGGUUAACAGCUCUGGCGUGAUGCCGAUUAUCUUUUCCUCUUCGUUGCUCGCCCUCCCUGCCUCUGCAGCACGGUUCACUGGGCUUUCGUUUUUGAAAGAUGCGGCCGUGGCGUUUUAUCCUAAUGGCUCCUUGUAUCUACCUGCGAACGUUCUUUUGAUUGCAUUUUUCAAUUAUUUUUACACAUUCUUGCAACUCGAUCCUAAGGAUGUAAGUGAACAAUUAAAGCGUCAAGGUGCCUCCAUUCCCUCGGUUCGGCCUGGAAAAGCGACCGCUGCCUUCAUUGAAACUACGUUGGGGCGCAUAUCUGUGCUUGGAUCAGCUUUCCUUGGUAUCAUGGCCUUGGCUCCAUUUCUUGUUGAAGGUGUUACACAUUUGACCACUUUCCGCGGCUUUGCAGGCACCUCUGUUCUCAUUCUUGUAGGUUCUGCCACUGAUACAGCCCGAAAAGUCCAAGCCGAGCUUGUGUCGCAGAAGUACAAGACGAUUGAAUUUUACGAUGUGGAUAACCUGAACGGACCCAAGUAGUGGGAAUGGGUCCGUCAUCCGUUUACAUUUUGUAGCCGAGUCCAGAACUAAAGAAGGCCUUAUUGAGGUUAUUUCUUCUAGAUUGAUUGAGUUCUCCAUCAGCAAAGCUGAUAAUGGACCAAUCCUUAAGUGUGGAACAGGUUACUGAAGGGUAUGUGUGAGCUUUUAGCUUUUAGAUAUGCCGUUGUGUAGAACUAUGCGGAAUAAAGAUGAUUCUUGCUUUGUACACUAAAA